AUGCACUCAGUGACCGGCAGAAAGGGCGGUGGGAUCAUUUGGGAGGGGAAAGUCAAAAAAGAAACCCAGCAAGUGGCUUGCAUGAUCUGCAGGUAUUCCGCAAGUCUGACUGGUGGACCAAGACUUGAGGCUCGGAAUAUUAACCUACCAGAGUCAGCCUCGAGCUUGCCCAUGGUCUCAGCUGCGAAAAUCAAUACGGGGUCCCUGUUUGAGAACGCGGUACGGAUGACAGGUGGCAAAUGUCUGAAUCUAUUUAUUGAUCCCUACAAGAUGUGUAAUCAACGAUUACUGGUGGAUUAUUGGCCUGGUUUUAACGUUCUGAUGUUUGUCGUUGACGGUUUUGGGUGA